GGCAGGAUCUCGCAUGGGAAUAACAGAGAUUCCAAGAGUAGACAACAAGGAAUCUCGCCUGAACGGCGGCAUCUCGAUUUGGCUCGGGAAGAUAUUACUGGGGGAAGCGCAUCGUCUUUCAAAUGAGGCACAGCGGCUAGAGACUCCCUCAUGGCCAAAGGUCUCGCCGCGACAGGUGGCAGCACUGCAGCAGAGGUUGAAUUUGCCGACCGGGAGCAUGCCUUGCCAGAGUGUAUUAAUCCGAGAAUUCUUCAGCUCAACCAUGAGCUACACCUUCCGGACGCAAUCUGCGAAACUCCCUGUUUGCAACCGCAAUCUCGUCAAAAUGGCCAGGUUUGUCUCGAGCUCUAAUAGAAUCGCUGAGGACAGCACUCCUUCGCGGGAAGCUGUGCUCAGCGCAUCAAUCAUACUAUACGACUUUGCUCAGAAUCAGGCUGCGGUUUGCGCUGAAGACCUUCAAGGUCUGACAGCACUGAAGAAUAAAUUGUAAGACCGACUGGGGAGAGAACAGGCAUUGUAACUUGAUCGUCGUUUGUCGUUCAUCUUCUCCGUGCCGCUCUCGACUUUUCUGUGUUUGAGAUUUAUAGUUAAGUGACGACAGUCCAGCAAUCCACCAAGUAUAAUUAAUCAUGUUGAAUAACAGCUCAUUGAGCUUCCGUGCAUGCGGCUAUUCCUAUUCACCCGAGAGAAUAGGCUAAGCAGAGCUGCUAAAAUUCAUCUUCUACAUAUUGAUACAACACAACUACGGACCUCGUAAGAAGUCCUAAUUAACAGACACCCUGACGACCAGAGCCAUACUUUAUGCAUGUACACAGAAUAAUAAAGGAACUUAUUCUAAGACUGCUUAGGACUUGCUUAUAGAACCAGCG